ACAACAUUAGGCUUGACCAAAAGGCUAAAUUUUUAUUUUGAAAUUAUUAUAAUUUUUAAAGAAAUACAACAAUAAUCCAAAUUACACAAUUGAAAAUCAAUAACAAUAUCACCGGUAAUUAUAAUAAAUUUUUGACAUUUGUUAAUUGAUGCGAUUAUUAUCAUCAUUAAAUAACAAGAAAAAAAGUAACCUAUAGGUAUAUUAUAUUCUACCUCAAGAAAUUUUGUGUGUUUAUCGAAAUAAUUGAAUAAUGGAUCAAAAAAAGAGUAAUGUUAAAAUGGAUCAACGAAUUAAAACUCUUAUUGAUGUUAGCCAGAGAGUCUCAGAUACUAACAGAUUUAUUGAAAUUGCUAUUGAGCGGGUCAAAACAAAAAUUAGAUGUUCAGCUUACCCAGAAUUUAUACGUAGAUCACUACAAUUAUUAAACAGAGAAGAAUUAUUCGAAGUUCGUGAAAAAUACUGGAGUAUGAUUGCUCAAAUGAUAAUCAACAAUAUGUUCCCACUUCCACUAUUCCAAUCGGAGUAUCGUAAAAUGUUGGAAGAAACAACAGGCAAUGAUUUAUUAUGGACCUACAGAGUUGAAAUAUUAAAAACAUUAAUAAUUCGUGGUGCAUAUCCAUUGAAAGAAUUAAUAAGUACGACAUCAGGACUUAAAAAAAGAGGCCUUGUUGGUAAACUUGUUGGAAAAUUAUUUAAAAUAUUAGUAGAAAGUGAAGGUAAAACAUCAAUUGCUGAAAAAUGGAAUGACAGUGGUAUUGAAUGGAAUGACUUACUUGAUAAAUCACUUGAAGAUCUAGAUGAGAUUAUCAGCAUGAAUGAUUUACAAUUUUUAACAAUUUGUGAAACAGACCAACUAAGCAACCGAUUAUUUGAAUUAUUACGUGAAAGUAGUCCUCAUGAUAAAACUUGUAUAAUAAGAAAUUGGAUAAACGAAAAUGUUGUUGAAGAAAAAACAAAAAAACCGAAAUUUGUCAGAAUGCUUUUUACAGCAAUAUUAGAAUCCGGUAUUGACUUAAAAGAAAGUUCCAAGUACUUUUUUGGUGAGAUUCAAUAUUAUCAACCAAAUCGCUCAAAAAUUAUAAAUCACUUACCUCUUAUGGAAGAUUAUAUUGAUGAUAAUCUAGAAUCAGAAUUACAAUGUUUAUAUGCCUUGACUCGUGUCAGCCAUCAAUAUGGCCAUCCUCCAGGUUUCGCGUAUGAUAUAAUUAAAGAACUACAUCAACAAGACCAUAUAUCAAUCGAUGCUAUUUUCAAAUGGGUUUCUAAUAAAGAUGAUACUGAAUUACUGGGUCAUCGUGAAGCUAUAAUGGAUCUUUUAAGUCGGCCAUUAUCAUUAAACUUUGAAAGUAACAGUCAAAAACUGCCUGUGAAAUUACAAUUGCAAAAAAAAACAGCUGCUACUCAAACUUUGAGCAGUGAUUUUGAUGGAAAUAUACCUAACAAAAAUGAAAUAAUGGUUUAUUGUGAUGUGGACAAAUAUAAAUCAGUAAUUGAUGAUAGAAUAUCGAAACUUCAAGGGUAUGAAGCAUUAUCAAAAAACCUUGAUGAAAUGGCUAAAACAAUUGGUAAAUUUUCAGAUGAUAUUGUUGAUUUACUUGAAAAUCUAGAUGAUAUUGUUGAAUAACAUAAUUUACUAUUUUUAACAAAUGAUGCAACAGAAAAUAUACCAAGUAGUAUAGAAUUGGCAUAUGAAGAGUCA